AUGAAAAGAACAAUACAUAUCUUUUCUCGAAGUAUACAGAAUAUUUUAUACAUUCUAUUUGCAUUAAUAAUUCCAUAUGCUGCAUCAAUUUACUUAGACGUUAAUAAUCCAGAAAGCAUUAAACAAACUGCAUCAUUCCUUACUGAAAAUGUAUUAUAUUAUUAUUCUGGAACACCUGGUUUAUUCAAAGGACCAGUUUAUUGGUGGCAAUCAGGAGCUGCAUGGAACUCACUUCUUGAUUAUUCUCGUUAUACAGGCGACACAAGAUGGAAUGGGCUUAUUAUGGAAGCAAUUCUUUCACAAGCUGGAGAAAACAGGGACUUAUUACCUAUCCAGUUCAGAUUAUCACAAGGGAAUGAUGAUCAAACAUUUUGGGCAUUUACUGCUAUGACAGCAGCAGAAAUAAAUUUCGAAAACCCGCCACCUGAAGAACCACAAUGGUUAGAACUUGCUCAAAAAGUAUUUAAUGAACAAGUUGAACGUUGGGAUGAACAAAAUUGCCAAGGAGGUUUACGAUGGCAAAUUUUUCCAUACAAUUCAGGAUAUACAUACAAAAAUACCGUAUCUAAUGGAGCGUUUUUCCAAUUAGCAGCACGUCUUGCUCGUUAUACAAAUAAUUCAACAUAUGCAUAUUGGGCGGAAAAGGCAUAUGUUUGGAUGGAAAAUAUACAAUUCAUUAAUUUAACAAGUUAUGCUGUUUAUGAUGGUGCAGAAACACCUGAUUGCUUUCCAAUAACUCGUGUGCAAUGGAGCUAUAAUAAUGGUCUUCUUAUGGCAGGUUCUGCCUUCAUGUAUGAUUUUACAAGAGAUCCUAAAUGGGCAGCAAGAGUUUAUCGUUACAUUGUUAGAGCAAAAAAAUCGUUUUACAGGAAUUACGGAAUUUUAUGUGAACCCGCUUGCGAAUUUGUUAAAACAUGUAAUCAAGAUCAAAUGUCAUUCAAAGCAUAUCUUUCAAGAUUCAUGGGCUAUACUAUGAUUUUAAUGCCAGAUACUAUUGAUUAUAUUAUGCCAAUUCUUAAAUCUUCUUCUAUGGCAGCAGCGGGUGCAUGUAGUGGGCCUCCUUCUGGAUAUCAUUGUGGAAUGAAUUGGCAAAAUUCUGAUUAUGAUGGAUGGGAUUCUUUAGGCUCACAAAUGAGUGCUUUGGAAACUAUGUUAGCGAUUUUAGCACCAAAUGCGGCAAAGCCAUUUACAAGUGAUACAGGAGGUACUUCAAAAUCCGAUCCCAAUAAUAUAUAUGGUAAUAAAUCUCCAUAUUAUUGGGAUAAUGUUAAACCUGCUACUAUUGGUGAUAAAAUUGGCGCAGGAUUUUUAACUGCAUUAGUAGUUAUAGGAGCAAUAGGAUUUGUUGCAUGGCUUAUUGUUUAA